AUGAGCUUAUUCGACACACAAUACAAAGGAAUCCAAUCAGUUACACAACGGUACACGCUAGCGAGCCGAGCCCGCAGCAAGAUGAUGCGGUGCGCGUCGCAAGGCAAAGGCCAGGACUUGGACCUGCGGGUGCUGGUCGGGCACGCGAACCUGCUGGACCGCGUUAUGGAGAGUCUACAUACAGAGGAGGAAGAAGAGGUUAGCACGUCGGACGAGGAGGAGCCCGUGGAGCUCGGCAUCACGAGCGAGGUCGGAUCUGGACACGUGACCUUCGCGCUGCCCCAGCCGCUCGAGACCGUCUACGAGUGCGACAGCGACAGCGACAGCGACAACGACGACGAGGCCACCUCCAGCGAUUACGACAGCGACAGCGACGGCGAAUUUUCUAGCGACAGCGACAACGAGAGCGAGGACGAGUCCGACGAAGAGGGCUUCUCGAACUUCGGCAAGUCCAGAAACUACACAUUGACCGGCAGCGACGCGGCCACCACGCCCGUGCUCCGCAAGCAUGGCGGGGGCAAUUUGUAUCUGUUUUCCCUGACAGGCGACGGCGCUGAUACCGCGGAGCGCGGCCGCGAUCUGGCGGCCCGCAACGGCGAAGCCGCAGGGCCCAGGGUUCUGUGCGUAUGA